AGGUGAUAGAAGUGGAAGUAGAGUAAUGUUGUGUUGUUUUAAUGCUCUCUGCAUUGUUUUUCAGCUCUGUUUGAUCUGAUAGUGGUCAACUGUAACAUUUGUAUUCAAACUUUUAAAAAAGGAUUUCAAUCAGAAUUUCAAUCAGAAAUUCAAGGGAUUAAAUUAAAUCUAAAGGAUAUUUCUCAGUUAGUUCAUGUAAUCGUAACUGUGUGUUUUUUAAGCGCUAAACUCACAAGGUGUGAGUCAUCUUCAUGCAUAUGAUGGAAAGCUACAUCAUAUCAUCUGCAUCCGAAGAAAUAAUCUCAUAUGAACCCGAGAAUUAUAGAUCACCAGUAGAGAUAUACUCAUAUCUCACCAAUGUUGGAGAACUUCACGACGAAAACGGUUGGGACUACCACUCUGACAGAGGCAUGCAUCAGAGUGACUUGUUGGAAACUUCCUCACAAGAGAGUCACCUGACAGAGCUCCAGAGUGUCCAUUCCCAACACCUCCUCCACCCCUAUCGCUACCCCGAUACCGACACCCUCCAUCUGCCACUAGUAGACCCAGGACUGGGACCCCUAACCCUAACCUCACAGAUGCCUUAUUGCAGCCGUACAGUGUAUUACCAUCAGCAGGCUCCCGUGUCCCCUAGCCACUACUGCUCAGAGGAAGAGGGACCUGGGGGCCACAGCCCCACCCUGGAGGUGUCUGAGGGAGAGGAGGACUACAGAGACCAUAUCCCCUCUGGGGGAGACUCCAGUAGCAAGAGGAAGAUCAGGCUGUACCAGUUCCUCCUGGAUCUGCUGAAGAAAGGAGACAUGAAGGAUAGCGUGUGGUGGGUGGAAAGAGAGAAAGGUAUCUUCCAGUUCUCUUCUAAACACAAGGAGAUUCUGGCCAAUCGAUGGGGCAUGCAAAAAGGAAACAGGAAGAAGAUGACCUACCAGAAGAUGGCCAGGGCCCUGCGGAACUACGGCAAGACGGGAGAAAUCAAAAAAGUCAAGAAGAAACUGACCUACCAGUUCAGUUCAGAGGUACUGAGGAAAGUCUCAACUACAGAGAGGAGGCACUUCCCUCACUAAGGAUACCAGAGAUUGUUUAUGUAAUGCCUCUUUAUACAGGCUUUGGGUGUAGGUCUACCCUCACUGAUAUGUAUUGCAAAUAGGACAAUCAAAUCAAAAAUCUAAUUUGAUUGGUCACAUAAACAUGUUUAACAGAUGUUAUUGCGGGUGUAGCUAAAUGCUUGUGUUCUUAGCUCCAACAGUGCAGUAAUAUCUAACAAUGACAAAAAUACACACAAACCUAAAAGUUAUAAUGACUUUUCCCUGUUCACCCAUGACUGCGUGGCCAAACACGACUCCAACACCAUCAUUAAGUUUUCUGAUGACACAACAGUGGUAGGCCUGAUCACCAACAACGAUGAGACGGCCUAUUGGGAGGAGGUCAGAGAACUGGCAGUGUUGUGCCAGGACAACAACCUCUCCCUCAAUGUGAGCAAGACAAAGGAGCUGAUCGUGGACUACAGGAAAGGGCGGGCCGAACAGGCCCCCAUUAACAUCGACGGGGCUGUAGUAGAGCGGGUCGAGUGUUUCAAGUUCCUUGGUGUCCACAUCACCAACGAACUAUCAUGGUCCAAACACACCAAGACAGUCGUGAAGAGGGCAGGACAAAACCUUUUCCCCCUCAGUAGACUUAAAAGAUUUGGCAUGGGUCCCCAGAUCCUCAAAAGGUUCUACAGCUGCACUAUCAAGAGCAUCCUGACCAGUUGCAUCACCGCCUGAUAUGGCAACUGCUCGGCAUCUGACCGUAAGGCGCUACAGAGGGUAUUGCGAACGGCCCAGUACAUCACUGUGGCCAAGCUUUCUGCCAUCGAAGACCUAUAUAAUAGGCGGUGUCAGAGGAAAGCCCAUACAAUUGUCAGAAACUCCAGUCCCCCAAGUUAUAGACUGUUUUCUCUGCUGCUGCACGGCAAGCAGUACCGGAGCACCAAGUCUAGAACCAAAGUUGUCUACUCAACAACUUCUACCCCCAAGCCAUUAGACUGCUGAACAUUUUUUUUAAAUCGCCACCGGACAAUUUACAUUGAUACCCCCCCCGACUCGGUACCGGUGCCCCUGUAUAUAGCUGCGUUAUUGUUAUUCUUAUUGUGUUACUUUUUAUUAUUACUUUUUAUUUUAGUCUACCUGGUAAAUAUGUUAUUCUUCUUGAACUGCACUGUUGGUUAAGGGCUUGUAAGUAAGCAUUUCACGGUAAAGUCUACACUUGUUGUAUUUUGACGCAUGUGGCAAAUAAAGUUUGAUUUGAUUUGACUGUC